AUGUCAACUGAAGGUGCUUCAUGCUCAAGUGAAAUUUCAGUGAACGUAAGCGACGCGUUCCAACGUAUUAUGCUGAAUAAGAGAUUCGGAAGCUGGAUUGAAUUAGAUAAUGCGCUAAAGGAUUUCCAUAAAAUGACCCAUACACACUAUGUUCACGCAGAAAGUAGAUUGUUGAAGGAUGUGAGAUAUAAAUACUUGUUCGUAGUGUUUCGUUGCACGUUUGGUCGUAAACGUAAAUCAGAAGGUCUGAAUGUGAUUAAAAAACCGUCUAAAUUUUUAAAUUGCCAAUCGAUGUUUCGCGUAAGAUUGGAGGGUCAACAAUACGUUAUAAAAUCUUACAACAUGACUCACAACCAUCCGUGUACAAGUUCGUGGAUGGUUUGUGAUCCGUUGAGUAGACGAUUGUCAUCAGAAGAAAAAGAAAACUUGAAACCAGUUAUAUUGCACUGUCAGUCGACGGACGAAGUUAUCGAAAGUAUUAAGGGAAGAACAGGUAAGCAGGUGACCGCUGCUGAUGUCAAAAAUAUGAAAGCUGAACUCUCCACUGGUAAGUGUAUAUAA